CAUUCAAUAUUAUUUAUGCUCAAGAUAAACCCUCUACAACAACUCCAAUUACCGACGAAAUGAAAAAUGAAAUGAUGUUGACACCCAACAUUAUUAAAGACCUCAACCAAACUCUUUAUACCCGGGUUAACGUACCAAUUAAUGAGAAACUAAUGGAGAACGUUUUAUCCUCUGAAGAACUUUCUCAACACUUUCCAUUCGGCAAAUUCGAAUUCACGAUAAAAGUACCAAAACAACCUUUGAGUUUUAGAGUAAAGAUCGUUCCUAAAUUAUACGGAAUACAAUUAAUUGUCAAACCUGAAUUCAGAGAAGCAUAUAUUGAUCUAGUACUUCGUAGCGGUAAUGAUGAAUCCCAGAACACACCCGAUUCAUUUGAUUCGGUUGCCGAUGUCAAUAACGAAGUGUUCGAAGGUGCAUUCCCCGUAUCAAUUCCCUUAACUGCCGCAGGAAUUCAAGAUUUGAUGCCCUCUUUUGGAAUAUUUUCGAAAUUGUUUGGAGGGAAUUGGAAAAUUGUAGUUCCUGCGCAAAAAAUUGAAUGGGACGUGAGUAUUGCUUAUAGAUCGGGUACUUUUAGAAUCACCUUCAAACCGAAAUUUAAACAAUUCUUAUUGCUGCUAAUUAGAGAUACAAAGAAAAGCGUGUAA